AUGGUUGUUGUUGGAGAGCCAGGAGCAUUGAAGACCCGCCUCUGCUAUGCCAUGGCGGAAAACAAAGUUCGCGACAAGGCUAGCUACAUACCCACAGUGUUUCCUCCCUGCGACAUCUCGUUCGAGACGGACAAAAAGCAGUACAUGGCGACACUGCUUGACACGGCGGGUCAAGAAGAUUACGACCGACUACGGCCAUUGAGCUAUCCGCAAACAGAUGUUUUCAUCAUGUGCUUCCCUCUCUCUACACACCCGAGAAAUGACAUGAUCAUCGACAAUCUACGCACCAAAUGGGUGCCCGAGAUCCGCCAUUUCUGUCCGCACGCCCCUUUCCUCCUGGUUGGAGUCUUGGACACUGACGACGAAUUGUGGGAGAGCUAUCGCGUCGCAUUGGGCACGAAACUAGGAGAGGGCGAAAAACUGGCCAAGGAACUGGGCGCCUUGGAGUACCUGGAAUGCGAUCCCAUAGUGACCAUGGCUGGCGUCCAAGAGGUGUUUAAGACGGUGAGAUUCUUGUCAUAUCACAUCGUCUUUCUUUCCGAGGACGUUGUGGGGGUUAGAUUGCUAUUGCUAACGAGCUGUGGGUCAGGCGAUUGCUUCUGCCUUUAA